AGACGAAUAAUGUUUCGGAACCUUGCAGAACGGCUGUUUUCAGAAACAGAAGAGCCUAAAUACAAAGUCGUAAACAAAUUUACAGAGAAAGGAAAGGAAUACGAAGAACGUCAAUACGAAUCAUGUAGAUGGAUUGUUACUAAGGUAACAGGUAAAAACUAUAAAGAUUCUUCGGGCGAAGGUUUCAUCAGACUCUUCAAGUAUAUCAGUGGAGAAAAUAAAGAAGGAAACAGGAUUUCAAUGACAGCUCCCGUUGUUAUAUACUGUCAGCCGGCAAACGAAGACUGGAAGGAGUGUGCAGAUGAACUGAUGGUCGGCUUCUUUGUGCCACAGAGCACCAAACAGCUUCCGACUUCGAAAACUGACAACAUUACUUUCAGAGAUUCUCCUGCCCAUACUGUCUUUGUCAGAACGUUCAAUGGCUUUGCAAAAGAAGAGGAUUAUAUGGCCAAUGCUAAAAUCUUAAAGAGCGCCAUCAACGAUAGCAGUUGUUACCGUAGUGAUUUUUUCUAUGCGUGUGGAUAUGAUAGUCCCAUGAAACUCGUCAACAGACGAAACGAGGUCUGGCUUCUGAAGAAAUAACAAGAUAUACGUAAAUUUCACAACUAUGUUUAUUUUAAAGGCCGAACUAAUGAAAGAGAGUAAUUCGCAUAUUCUUUUUAAUUAUAAUCGUCGUAAUCAUAAUUGCCAAAUUAAUAUAAUAUUGAUUGAAUAUUAGCAUUAAUGAUUAAUAUCAAUAAAAAUUAUAA